AAGUCUUCCCCCGCGAAGUCUUCCCCCUCUCCUAUUUCUCUCUCUAGAAAGACUGAGUCCCAUUCCAUAUUAUUAACAGCCAUAGCAGUCUCCACGAAACUUCUCAAUGGCAGUUGCCUUUACUUGACGAAGAGCUAUUCAACACUCCUUUCAUCAUUUCAACACCACGUAACAGAGACACCUUUCACUUUCCUCAAUUUCUUUCAUGUAAUUUUCCAUUUUUACUUCUUCCAUUAUUUCCAUUUUCUCGCAAUGCUCUGUUUGGUUGCUGAGAAAAGGUAGAAAAGGAAAAGAAAGCAUAUCAGAGAAAGCAAGGCCUCUCCCUCGGAUGAACCUUGCACAACUGCUCAAGCAUAGUUGAGGGUGUUGAAUAUUGCACUUUAUCACUGCAAGUAAAGUAUAAUUAAUCCCAGCGGCGGGCUAAGGUUGAUUAUUAGUUUUGGGUGCUGUACAACAAAUAGACUGAAGAUAUGAAUUUCAGGCGAGAUAAGUUUGUGAGGUUUGAGAAUUUUAGUUCUGAGCAGCAGUUUUCCACUGAAGAUGGAUUAUAUCGGAGAAAAGUUGGAUCAAUUAUAAGCUCAGUAAGGGGGGUUAUUCAGAGAGGAUUUGAGAAGGGUUCUGAAGCAAUUAAAAGCUUGAAAUCCUCAUUAAGCUUUCAUCCGUCAAGUGAUCAGCCAACAAAAGAAUUGGGUCAUAGGAAGAGUAUUCUUAACCCGCAGGGUUCAUUUCUUCAGACGUGGAAUAAAAUAUUUGUAUUCGCUUGUGUGCUUGCAGUGUCCUUGGAUCCGUUGUUCUUCUACAUCCCUGUGAUUCGUGGAAAAGAUAAGUGUCUCGAUUUGGACAAGAAACUGCAGAUCACUGCUUGCGUUCUUCGCUCAUUCACUGACAUCUUUUAUAUACUCCAUAUUCUCUUUCAAUUCCGAACUGGGUUCAUUGACCCUUCUUCUCGAGUAUUUGGAAGGGGUGAAUUAAAUAAAGAUCCUUAUGCCAUAGCAAAAAAAUACAUUUCCUCCUACUUCAUUAUUGACGUUUUAUCAGUUCUGCCACUCCCACAGGUUGUAGUUUUAGUUAUUGUCCCCACCAUAGAAGGCCCAGUUUCACUGUGGACAAAGGAUCUGUUGAAAAUCGUUAUUCUCUCUCAAUAUGUUCCAAGAUUUUUUCGGAUCUAUCCACUAUAUAAAGAAGUGACAAGAACCUCUGGCUUAUUUACAGAAACGGCAUGGGCUGGGGCUGCUUUCAACCUUUUUCUCUAUAUGCUAGCUAGUCAUGUAGUUGGGGCCUUCUGGUACUUACUCACAAUAGAAAGACAAGAUAGGUGCUGGCGCAUUGCUUGUGAUAAGAAUAACGUAUCAUCAUAUAGUGAGUAUCUGUACUGUGGAGUAGGGGAUAAAAAAGGCGGUUCGUUUCUAAACGAUUCUUGCCCUCUUCUCGAACAAAAUGAAUUAAAUUCAACUGACUUUGACUUUGGAAUAUUCCUCGACGCUCUUCAGUCCCGCGUGGUGGAAACAAAAGAUUUUCCACAGAAAUUAUUUUACUGCUUUUGGUGGGGACUCCGUGGUCUAAGUUCUCUUGGACAAAACCUCAAAACAAGCACUUUUGUUGGGGAGAUUCUCUUUGCCGUCUUCAUUUCCAUCCUUGGAUUGGUUUUAUUUUCGUUGCUCAUUGGCAAUAUGCAGAAAUAUCUGCAGUCUAUAACUGUUAGAGUAGAAGAGAUGAGGGUAAAAAGGCGAGACGCAGAGCAGUGGAUGUCUCAUCGAAUGCUUCCUGAUAAACUGAAGGAGCGGAUCAGGCGGUAUGAACAGUACAAAUGGCAAGAAACUAGAGGUGCUGACGAAGAGACCGUGAUCUGUAACCUUCCUAAGGACAUUAGGAGGGACAUAAAACGUCAUCUUUGCUGGGAUCUGCUCAAAAGAGUGCCCAUGUUUGAAAAAAUGGAUCAACAAUUGUUGGAUGCAAUGUGCGAUCGUCUCAAGCCAGUUCUUUACACAGAGAAGAGCUUCAUAGUUCGUGAAGGAGAUCCAGGUGAUGAGAUGCUCUUUGUCAUGCGAGGGACUCUUAAGACUUGGACCACCAAUGGCGGAAGAACUGGUUUUCUAAACUCUGUUGAUCUCAAGGCUGGUGACUUCUGUGGAGAAGAGCUUCUUACGUGGGCCGUGGAUCCCAACUCUUCUUCAACUCUCCCCACCUCAACCAGAACAGUUGAAGCAGUGACAGAUGUUGAAGGUUUUGCUCUAAUGGCUGAUGACCUAAAGUUUGUUGCCACUCAGUUCCGGCGGCUUCACAGCAAGCAGCUCCAACACACCUUUAAGUUCCACUCUCAGCAAUGGAGGACAUGGGCAGCCUGUUUUAUACAAGUAGCAUGGCGCCGGCAUUGCAGGAGAAAGAUGGAGAAGUCUUUGCGCGAGGAAGAAGAUAGGCUGCAGGAUGCAUUGGCAAGAGAUGCUGGAACCUCACCAAGCCUUGGUGCCACCAUUUAUGCAUCAAAGUUUGCUGCCAAUGCACUACGAGCCCUACAGAACAAGCGUGCACGAAGUCCCAAAUUACCGGGCAGGUUACCACCUUUACUGAUUCAGAAACCAGCUGAGCCUGACUUUACUGCUGAAAAUGAUCAAUAAGGGGUGUGGUCUUUCUUGUGAUUCGUGGAGAGGUUUAUGUAAUAUAUAUCAGUUGCAAGAGGUUUUAGGAGGAUAAGUACUUCUUUUCCCUAGCAACUAUUUAGGGAGAAACCUAAAACCAGUGAGGUAUAUACUAGUCUAUUAUGAUCACAUGUAAUUUUGUUCAUUAUUUAAAUGCACGAGAUAUCUGUGUAUAAGAUCAUAUGUAAUUAUUCAGGAAAUAAAAAAGAUCAUAUGUAAUUUUGUUCCUGCCUCUAUGUAAUAUAAUGUUUUAUUUAUUUA